AUGCUCUGGUCAAACGUUGCCCCACAUUUCCAAGGCGUUACAUUCGGUGAACGAAUCGUUUCCGGAAAAAGUCAGCAUUUGGGAUUGCCAUAUCACGAUUAUCCCAUCGGAUAUGUUCGAUCAAGUAAUCGAAUUGGCUCGCUGGUCACUGGGGUUUUUGACGUGACACCAGAACUCCGGGAACUGUCCAUUAAUGACAACGAUAUCACCACCAUCGAAGAUGGCACUUUCGCCAAGUUGACAUCUUUGAAGAAGCUGAGCCUGAGUGGCAAUCAAAUCAGCGUCAUUACAAAAACAAUCAAAUCACUAGUAUUGACUGGUCGGCGUUUGCCAAUCUCAAACAGCUCAGGAACACUCGACUUAGGCACCAAUCACUUCAGCAAUGUCGAACUCCGCGGUUUGGAAAACCUCCAGAGACUCUUCCUUAACAACAACAGCAUCAAUUCGCUGAAAAGAGUCAGUCUACGAGACCUCCCAUCGCUGAUACUUUUAUCACUGGACCGUAACUCUAUCUCGGAAAUCGCUGACGGCGAUCUAUCAGGGCUGGCUAGGAGCACUCGACUUGAAAGUCUCACUAUUGCUGCUAAUAACAUCAGUCGGAUCUCACAGCGAGCAUUCUCUCCGGUUCAACAUCUCAACGUCUUAGCAAUGCAGAAUAAUCAACUAACAACACUUACGAAAGGCGGACAAUCCUAUCUGCAACCUCUUCGCCGCUUGACAACACCUGCUCGUAUCGGAUUGAUGUCAAAGCCUUUCGAUGGUAAUGACAUGCACAAAACUCUCAUAUCAACAACAAAGAACGUGAAGCGCUUUCCGGAGCCGCCAUACUUUCGACUCCAUUUCAUUCGACACUUUGGAAGCGAUCGAACAUCACCU